AUGUCCAUCAAAAUGUCGGCGCAUGAGUUCGAUCAGAAGCCUGGUCAAGUCUCAAUAUCACCCCUCCUUCAGAAACUAGCCUACCCCACGACUCAGGUCCCGGUCGAUGCUUCCGAGAUCGCUUCAGCUUUUGGAUUGAUCUUUGAGGACCGUCUAUCAGCCAUUCAAACUGCUGCUCUUUUGACGCUUUUGCAUUCUACAGGUAAAGAUCGAGAUGCCCAAGUUAUUGCGCUAUGCUCCCUUCGAAUGAGAGAGGCUGCUAGCCAGAUUGACAAAAUAUCGCUGGAAAAGGCCAUUAAGGCCCGGGGGAGGAAGGAAGGGAACUACAAUGGUGGCUUGUGCGAUAUUGUUGGUACUGGUGGUGACUCACAUUCUACGUUCAACAUCUCGACGACUGCCUCGAUUAUCACCUCACCACUGCUCAUGAUGGCCAAGCACGGCAAUCGCGCGCAGACCUCCUUCUCUGGCUCUGCGGACGUCCUGAAUGCGAUUCCUCCGAUUCCCCCGAAGAUCUCUGCAGUCAAUGCCGAAAAUCUCCCUCAAGUGUAUGAGGCUACGAGCUACGCCUUCCUUUUCGCCCCGAACUUCCAUCCGGGUAUGAUGUAUGCCAACCCGGUGCGUCGAGGAUUAGGCCUGCGAACUAUCUUCAAUCUCAUGGGUCCCUUGGCAAACCCUGUCGAUUGGGCUCUGGAAGCCCGGGUGGUCGGUGUGGCUUAUCAAAGCCUGGGCCCCGUCUUCGCUGAAGCGUUGCGCACCAGUGGAGCCAAGAAGGCUCUUGUCGUGUGUGGUGCGGAGGACCUGGAUGAAAUCAGUUGUGCAGGUCCAACAAACUGCUGGAAACUUUCCGAAUACCCUAACCCUGCCUACGAUGAUUCGAAGGAAGCAGAGUGUUCGUGUGACGACGAAUAUGUCCCUCGUACUUUGACCAAGAUCGAGACCUUCCAGCUUCACCCGUCUGACUUCGGUCUGCCAACUCACCCUCUGAGUGCAGUCUAUGGGAGAAAGAUGCCCAAGGAGAAUGCGGCCAAAAUCAUGACCAUUCUGCGAAAUGAGCUCCCUCCGGAUGACCCCAUCUUGACCUUCGUGUUGAUAAAUGUUGCCGCUCUUCUGGUGACCUCCGGUCUCUGUGAAUCCGACACCAGUAACAUGGGCCCUGGCGACGAUGGUAAGGUGAUUACCGAACGGGGCCCUGGUGGCGGACGCUGGAAGGAAGGUAUUCGACGAGCAAGAUGGUGUGUCGAAAGUGGUGCGGCACUUAAGUGCCUGGAACAGUUCGUCGAAGUCACGAACCGACUUUAA